AUGUUAAAUUUUGGCAGAUCGUCGUCAGCAGGUGCGAAUUCAUCGGGAGGGUCUUUUUUCGGCCAAAAUCCGUCUGGAACUGGUGGAAAUACAGGUAGUCUUUUUGGACAAUCAGCGCAGGGCCAAAGUCAAGUGGGGAAUCAGAAUGGGGGCCAAACUGGUGGGCUCUUCGGGCAGCGACAGCCGCAACAGUCCGGUGGGCUGUUUGGGCAAAAUAGUCAGCCCAAUCAGGCGCAAUCUGGAGGACUUUUCGGACAGAACAGCGCAUCGCAGCAGCAGCCAGGGCAGCAAGCGGGUGGUUUCUUUGGACAGAAUACACAACAGCAGCAGCAGACGCCUUCUACAGGUGGUCUGUUUGGUCAGAAUGCGCAACAACCGCAACAGCAAGGCGGUGGUGGUUUGUUUGGUCAAAAUUCGCAGCAAUCUUCGAGUUUAGGCGGGGGUUUGUUCGGGCAAUCUGGUAACGCGCCACAGCAGAAUGCGGGAUCUGGAGGUCUUUUUGGCCAGAGUACGCAGCAACAGCAGUCCACCGGUUCUAGCCUUUUCGGACAAAACACGCAACAACAGCAGUCUACGGGCGGUGGAUUGUUCGGCAAUAAAAUGAAUACGGGCGGCACUACUGGUGGUGGGCUUUUUGGGCAGAAUUCAAACACUGGUGCAGGUACCCCUGGCGCCGCACAGACAAAUACAGGAGGAGGAUUGUUCGGCAGUAAGCCUGCCACUGGAGGUGGUCUUUUUGGGAACACGAACAACAACGGCGCCGGCACAGGGUCUUCCCUUUUCAAUAAGCCUACUGGCACGUCAUCACUUUUUGGAGGCACAUCAUCAGCGGCAAAUACAGGUGGUAGUAGCGGGUUGUUUGGCAAUAAGCCAGCCGGAACUUCGUUGUUCGGUAGCAAUACGCUGGGGAACAGCGGUUCUACCGGUUUCGGAGCGCCCCAGCAAAUUCAAUUCCAACAGCAGCAACAGCAACAGCAGCUGGCAUUGCAAAUGAUCUCGCAGACGAACGUCACUCCGAUGACACGGAUUGUCGAUCUUCCACCGCAGAUACGCCUAGAGAUACAGCAAUUGGACCAAUACAUCCAGAAACAGAUGUCGAUAUCGCAACAUUUGAAGGCAGAUACAGAAGAUCAUCUUGAACUGAUAGCGUCAAUCCCGCGUGACGUCAAAUAUUUGCAAACCACACACUCGUUGGCCAAUCAGUCUCUCAUGCAAGACUUGAAAAAAGUAAACGGGAUCAAAGAGAUUACGGAUCAGAACAUCGCCGACUCGCAGACGUUCUCGACGAUUCUACAGCAGUUGCUGACCCCAGGCAUCAAAAUCUCGUCACUCGAACUCGACAAGUUUUUCCAAGACAAAAUACACCUUUACAGAGCCAAACUCGACGAAUAUUUCCGGGUACUCGCCGACAUCGAGAGCGCACUCAACGGCAUCGAAGACGACAUGUUUGCGACGACCACUGCCGACGCCGGCGUCGUAAGCGGCUCCGGCGAACCCACGACCUGGAAAUCCGGUCUUAAUGGCAUCAUCUCUACCGUGCUCGAAGAAUUCCAACUCUUCAUGGACGUUGCCGAGCGGAUCGCGGAACUGCAUCAAAAGGUCAGAACUAUCACUGGCCCCGUCACGGCCUCAGCGCGCUGA